AUGGAUCCUUCCAGGGAGCCAACGAUGGAUCCUUCCAGGGAUCCUUCCAGGGAGCCAACGAUGGAUCCUUCCAGGGAGCCAACGAUGGAUCCUUCCAGGGAGCCAACGAUGGAUCCUUCCAGGGGAGCCAACGAUGGAUCCUUCCAGGGAGCCAACGAUGGAUCCUUCCAGGGAGCCGACUAUGGAUCCUUCCAGGGAGCCGACGAGGGAGCCAACGAUGGAUCCUUCCUGGGAGCCGACGAGGGAGCCAACGAUGGAUCCUUCCAGGGAGCCGACUAUGGAUCCUUCCAGGGAGCCGACGAGGGAGCCAACAUCACAAAAUUCAUUCCCACUAUCGGGAUGUGA